AUGCCCAUAUCAAAACCUCCACACAGAGUUCCAAUUAAAGUAAAAGAAAAGUUAAAAGAAGAACUAAGUCGUUUAACUGAACUUGGAAUUAUAUCUAAAAUUAACGAACCCACCAGCUGGGUAAAUAAAAUAGUAAUAGUGGAAAAACAAAAUGGAUCAAUAAGAAUAUGUCUGGAUCCAAAGGAUUUAAAUAUGGCAAUAAAAAAGGAAUACUUUUCGUUACCAACAUUAAAUGAUUUAUCAGCUGAGUUAGGAGGAUCGAAAAUAUUCAGUUUCUUAGAUUUAAAGGAUGGAUUUUUUCAUAUACCUUUGGAUAAGAAAAGCUCAGAAUAUUGUACAUUUUCUACAAUUUAA